CUUGCUAGAGAAGCGCAGGGGUCCUUCUGGCAGAUCCUCGGCUACCUUUGUUUACAUACACGUCACCAGGAAGUGGAGCAAACUUCGAAAUGUUAAGACAGGAUUCACAGGGUGAUGUUCCACUUUUUGACGAGGAUGAGAAUGCAGCCAACAGGAACAAGUCAAAAAUCCAGCAUCCUUUGGCCUCUUUCUUCCACCUUUUCUUCCGUGUAAGUGCUAUCCUGGUCUAUCUGUUGUGUGAACUCAUCAGCAGCAGCUUCAUUGCCUGCAUGGUCACCAUCAUUCUCCUGCUGUCAUGUGACUUUUGGACAGUGAAGAAUGUGACUGGGCGGCUGCUGGUAGGCCUGAGGUGGUGGAAUCAGGUGGAUGAGAAUGGGAAGAGCCAUUGGGUAUUUGAGUCUCGAAAGGAAGCCAGCAGAAAAAUUAUCUCGAGUUCAGAAUCACGGAUUUUCUGGCUCGGCCUUAUUGUGUGCCCCAUAUUAUGGGUGUUCUUUGUGUUCUCUACUCUCUUUUCCUUCAAGAUUAAAUGGCUGGCAGUGGUGAUUAUGGGAGUUGUGUUACAGUGGGCUAACCUCUAUGGUUACGUCAAAUGCAAAGUCGGGGGUGGAACCAAUCUGAAAAACAUGGCAACCAGCUAUCUUGGCCUUCAGAUUUUUAAGCAGGCAGUUAACAAAUCACAAGGACCCUAAGGAUUUGACCAAGUUGGCUCUGCUAAUGUUCUAAUUUAUUUUCUUGUACUGACAUUCAGUGGGAAACUCAUGCAACUGUUGCAAAUUCUUUUCUCUGACCAAGUGCAUAUGGGCUUUUUUAUUUUAUUUUUUUUUAAACAGUUUAGUUCUUUCUCCCCUAGAAUUCUCCUAUAGAAUUUAGCCCAUAUUGGAACUAUCAAUACUGUAUGUUGUCAAUAUGUGCCAAGAACUAAAUAGAAUAUGUUGUGCUUUAUUGUGAGUGGGAUGAUUCUAUUGUAAUUCAAUUAAUGAUGAUCCUUUUUGACUAUUUAGGAGGUUUCUUAGUUAACCACAAUUUUCAUGAUAAUUGCAUAUAAAUUACUGAAAUGUGGAUAAAAAUAACAAACUAGGUUGUUUGCCUGGACUGUAAUAAAUGAUGAUUAAAUAAUUGUGUAGUCAUUAUUAUUUAUAAGAAACAAUGAUGAUGAUAUGGCAGAAAUCCAAUAACUACGGUAAAAUAUCAGACAUACUGGACAUAUCGAUAUCAGCACUUACAGAAUCUGCCAGGGUGUUGCUACUGUAAUAAAUAAAUAAAUAAAUAAAUAAAAAGGUGAUCAGGUGGCAAAUCCUGACAUUUCAUCACAUUCAAAUGUUUUUUUGGGUUUUUUUUUUUUUUU